AUGGCAGCCGUAGCAGCAUCAGUCAUCCCGGCGCUCGACCAGCGUCCGGUCAAGAACACCAUCUGCCUGUUCGACGUCGAUGGCACCCUUACCCCUGCCCGUAGAGUGUGUAUACACCAAUCAAAAGAUCUGCAAAAGAAGGAGACUGACAUGUAUGCAGACGGUUUCCCCGAGAUGCUCGCUCUCCUGUCGCAGCUCCGUCACAAGGUCGCCAUUGGUUUCGUCGGUGGUAGCGAUCUCGUCAAGCAGCAAGAGCAGCUGGGCACUGCUUCAGUUCCCGUCACCAGCCUCUUCGACUUCUGCUUCGCCGAGAACGGUCUGACCGCAUACCGCAUGGGUGUCCCCCUCGCAUCGGCGUCGUUCAUCAAGUGGAUUGGCGAGGAGCCCUACCAGAAGCUCGUCAAGUUCAUUCUGCACUACAUUGCCGACCUCGAGAUCCCCAAGAAGCGCGGUACUUUUAUCGAGUUCCGCAACGGCAUGAUCAACGUCAGCCCCAUCGGUCGUAACGCCAGCAUCGAGGAGCGCAACGAGUACGAGAAGUACGAUCUCGAGAACGGCAUUCGCAAGAAGUUUGUCGGAGACAUCCAGGCUGCUUUCCCCGACCUUGGCUUGACCUACUCGAUCGGUGGACAAAUCUCAUUCGACGUGUUCCCCAGAGGCUGGGACAAGACAUACUGCUUGCAGCACGUCGAGGCCGAGAAGCAGCACGGUACCGAAUACACGACCAUCCACUUCUUCGGCGACAAGACAUACAAGGGUGGCAACGACUACGAGAUCUACGAGGACCCUCGCACCAUCGGUCACAGCGUCAAGACACCCGAAGACACUGCUGCCGAGCUGAAGAAGCUGUUUGACCUUUGA